UGCGCUUGAACUUGUCUUGUCAGAGUUCUCACUAGAGUUCUGUAUUUGGGUAUUGGAGGUAGAAUCUAGAUCUAGUUAAGAUCAAGGCACUGUUACAAUGAGGUCAACACUUGUAGUUCUGAGUAUUCUGUUGUUUAUUACACAGACAGCAGAUGCUGCAUGCUAUGACGACGAGGCGAAAUGCUUGACAGACUUCAAGAGCCUCCUGACAAAUACGAGCAUGUUCUGGUACGGAUCCGGUUACGUCACAAGAUGCCCAGCUGGUGUUAGUCGCGAGGAACCAUCCUGCAACAACCCGGACCCCAACAGGCGGUCAGUACUCUCCAGACUUUUGAAGACUGACUUCACGGCAACGCUCCAGGGCUAUGCUUCUGGGCUGUCUUUGGCUAAUGUGACCUUCACAUCUACCGCGGAAACGGUGUUCGCGUGUGGUCACUCAUUCAAGGUGCCAGCUGUGAACGAUCAAAGAGUAGACCCGUUGUCCUUGUCCAGUACCAGCCAGAGGUCUCUCGCCUACACCCCCGAGGUCACGUGGACGUCUGCUAGUGGUACAUUGUACACCGUUGUGGUGUGGGACGUCGGGAGCUUCGCGCUGCAUGGACUGUACAUCAACGCUGUCAAUGGCACGCUGGCCACUGGGGAGGAAGUGGUGGAGUACCGUGGUCCUCGAAACCCGUUUUUCUACGGCAACCAGUACCUUUUCCUGGUCCUUCCCCAAACCUCAACUCUGGUCAGGAGCGUGGUGGAAAGUGUUUUUGCAAAUGCGAUCACAGACAAACAGUUCAACGCUAUUCCUCUCGUAACACAGCUUUCCUUGGGGAUUCUCCGUAACGGUCUCCGGUGGGCAAACAUCUCAGCCACAUGGAGCAUGCCGACGCCAGAGGAAGGAGCCCCCUACCUGGCCAGCGUGGAAGUCGGUUUGGAUCCAGCGUACCGCACGGCCGACUUCUCGUUUGAAUCUUGCUGCUCCAACUUCUCUUACCUGGGAGCUGUUCUGAUCCCGGAUCCCUUCUCCACUCGAGCAGAGCGCCCCGUACAAGUUCGAAGCCAGCCCGCUAUACAGAUUGCACCCAGAGACAUGCUCAACAAAGAGCGUAUUGUCAACGAUAAGAUGUAUACUCUGAUUUUGAUGGAUCUUGGCGAAACGGAACAGAAAGUCCCUCCGAAGAGCGCAGAGAACGACGUUCAUUGGCUGGUUACAGACAUCCCGGGAGAUGACGUCGCCUCAGGCAAUCACCUGAUUCCUUAUUUUGGUCCCAACCCUUUUACGAGAUACCAAGUACGCAUGUACACCUUCCUCCUGUUGGAGCAGCCGAGUGCAUCACUGAACGCUUCCACCUUGGUCGACUACGCUAUUAACAGCGCCGUCAGCCCAACUUGUAAAGACCCGGCAAAUGACAA